AUACCACAACAAAUCAACUGCCUGCUACGCUCAACUGCGCCGAGAGCUGCGCGUCAUUCAACUCAUAGCUAACCUGCAGCAGUACAAAAGAAAUAAGUCCUCUGUAUACUUUAACAACAUCCAAAGCUUUCUACAUUUACUCAUUAACAGCUCGCGAAAGUUUAAUUUUCCUUUGACCGUCUUAACUCGCUCGCAGAAUAAAACAGCCAGAGGGUUUUUAGAGCAGCCGGUGUUACUUUGUUAAACAUGGCUGACGACUUUGGCUUCAACGCGUCUGACAACGGAGUUCAUGUAGAAGAGGACCCGGCCGCCGCGUUUCUGGCCCAGCAGGAGAAUGAGAUCGCCGUGAUUGAAAACGACGCCGCCGGGUUCGGUGCGCUGGAGGACGGCGGACCUCCGCCCUCGGACACGUACACGAUCAUCGGAGGUGAUUUUGGAGGAGUACCAGUCACUGCUGUAAACGGAGAUAUGUUUCAGGACAUCAACGGCACAACGGACAGCUACUCAGCCAUUGCUCAAGUGGAUAUACAGAGACAAGAACCUGAGAGCUUGCGCAAAUGGAGGGAGGAACAAAUGGCUCGGCUGGAGGAAUUGGAUUUGGCCUCUAAAGCAACUGAGGCUGUGUGGAGGGAGAAAGCUCGUAAAGAGCUUGAGGACUGGCAUGUACACCAGAAUGAUCAGAUGGAGAAAAAUAAAGCCAACAACAGGAAUGCUGAUAAGGCUUUCUACAAACAGCCCAACUCUGAUGCCAUAGGCUUGGUAGCAUCAGAGGAGGCCUUCCUCAAGGAGUGUGAUGAUGACAGUCCCGGCACAGAGUGGGAGAAAGUGGCCCGGCUGUGUGAUUUCAACCCAAAAACCAGCCGUCAGACUAAAGACGUGUCUCGAAUGCGCUCUGUUCUCAUUUCUCUAAAACAGACACCUCUGGUUCGCUAAAAUAACUCUAAAAUAAUGUUUCACAGGCUUUCUUCCUUUUCCCUUCUUGCACUUUAUUUUAGUGAGGCUGAACACUCUUAACAAGUUUUUUGUUUUUAACGGGGUCAUAGAUGGUGUACAAUUUAUUGUAUUUAAACUUUCUAUUUAUGUGCCCGGGUGUUUUGCUGGGUCAGAAGCUUUAGUUUGCCUAUUCCAUAUGUUCGAGAAUUUUGUAAAUUAAGAAAAAUUGCAAGUGUGCCUCAAAUAUUGGACAUAAAGAGACCAGGUCAAGGAAUUUUAUUACAUGAAUCCCAAUGUAAGUGAAAUCAUUAAUAAGGCAGUAGUUUUACCAUAAUGCCAAACAUUUUAGUCCAGCCAAAGGAACCAUUCAGGGUCUUUAAUGUUAUACAGAUAUCUCCACAUUAACUGGUUUGUUUCAGUAUAGAUACAGACAGUUUAGUUACCAUCUCUAACCCUACAGAGUAUUCUAUACCCUUCGUUUCUUCACAUAAAUUGUAAUAAUCAGUGCUCAGAUUUUGUAUUAUCUGCUUUCAUGUGUUUAUGUUCACUGCAAUGAGGAAAGUUACUUUUGUGAGCUUGUUAAAGUUCUUGUUUUAUUAUAAUUUACACAUUAGCACAUUGUCAUUAUUAUUUACAAAUGCAGCUCUUUUUAUGUCUGUUGUUCCCAUAGCAGUCAGCACUUGGGAUAUUUUCCAGCAGGAGUAAAAGAUCAGUUCCUAUUAUUCACAGGUGUAAUACCAUGCUAAUAUAUCAGAGCACAGAACAGCAAGCCUUCAUUACUUCCUGUACUUGGAUUGCAGUUCAUAUUGUUCGGUUAUGUUACUAUAAACACAAGGAUGAAUAAUUCUGAGUUUGAAGCACAUCUUUUGUCAAGUGUUGAGUUCCUGAAUGUGGCCAUUGAAUUCUGUGCCUGAACCUUUGCUCACUGUGACUUACUGUCUAUCCGUAGGCCUUCAUCAUCCGAGCUGCCAAAAUAUAAAAAUGGUAGAGCAAUAAAAUAACAAUAUUGCUUUUUAUAGAACUUGGUCCAGAUGUUGAAUUUUUAAUUCUACUUGUUACUAGCUACAAACGACUAUUAAAUGUUACUGAUUGUUUAUAUAAUUCAUAUUCACCCAACUGGGAGGAGGCCUUGUUACAUAGAGUAAUUUGUGUUGCCUUUAAAGCUAAACAGUUUAGUUGCAUCCUACAAUAAAUGAUGGUUUCCUGUAGAAACCAUUUGCCUAUAUUUGACUCUUUUUUGCCUAUAUUUGAAUUUUCAAUCUAAUGGAAAAUAAAUUGUGGUUGAAUUUCUCUGUGGUUUGUAAUAUGGCAGUUGGCCAAUUAAAUGUGUGCAAAUGUGAUUUAAAACAUGCAAUAUUGAUUUGUAAUUCAAGUAAAACCUUUUGAAUUCAGUUAACUUUUAAAUGAAUAGUUCACCCAAAAAUGAUAAUGAUAUCAAGCUCAAUUACACAUCCUAGUACUUGGCACAUGCACAGAGCUGGUAAAAUAAAACUUUUGCCAAGUAUUUUGAAGAAAUUAUGGAUUUUGACUAUUGUUUUUAGGUUAAUAAACAAAGGUACAUUU